GUCAAUACUUGUUCUCCUUCCUCGUUCUGGGAACCCCGGGAGGCAGGGAGGGAAGGGUUGCCUGUAGGGACCCAGGCAAAUACCCAGUGCGGGAAGACGGGACUUCCGCGUCCCCCCGGAAGUGACGCGACAGUCGCGGCCGCCGACAGGUGGAACGGCAGGUGGGUUCAGGUGCCAGCCUGGCCCGGACCCGGCUGUGGUACUGACGCUUCCGUUCCCCAUUCCCCUGCCGAGCUGGGCAGUUAGCCAGCACACUGAAACUCUCGGAACCAUGUUUGCAGACUUGGAUUAUGACAUCGAGGAGGAUAAACUUCAUCCUUUCUCCAGGGGACUCAGCUGCACGUGCUUCUCUCUCCAGCGGAAUCCCUACCGUACCUGGGAAGGUGACCUUGCAGAAGGAUGCUCAGAACCUGAUUGGGAUCAGCAUUGGAGGAGGAGCCCAGUACUGUCCCUGCCUGUAUAUUGUCCAGGUGUUUGACAACACCCCAGCCGCGCUGGACGGCACCGUGGCAGCUGGCGAUGAGAUCACCGGGGUCAAUGGCAGGUCAAUCAAAGGAAAAACUAAGGUGGAGGUGGCCAAGAUGAUUCAGGAGGUGAAGCUGCUCUCCACACACUGUGCUGCAGCCCGAGAGCCUUUUGCAUCUACGCCUGAUUCACUGCAUGGGGGGGAGGUGACUAUCCACUACAACAAGCUGCAGGCGGACCCCAAGCAGGGCAUGUCCCUGGACAUUGUGUUGAAGAAGGUGAAGCAUCGGCUGGUUGAGAACAUGAGUUCGGGGACCGCAGAUGCCCUGGGCCUGAGCCGGGCCAUCCUGUGCAAUGAUGGGCUUGUCAAGAGGCUUGAGGAGCUGGAGCGGACCGCCGAGCUGUAUAAAGGGAUGACAGAACACACCAAGAACCUCCUACGGGCCUUUUAUGAGCUGUCGCAGACGCACCGGGCCUUUGGGGACGUGUUCUCCGUGAUUGGGGUGCGGGAGCCCCAGCCAGCUGCGAGCGAGGCUUUCGUGAAGUUCGCCGACGCCCACCGCAGCAUUGAGAAGUUCGGCAUCCGGCUGCUGAAGACCAUCAAGCCGAUGCUGACGGACCUGAACACGUACCUCAACAAAGCCAUCCCAGACACUCGCCUCACCAUCAAGAAGUACCUGGACGUGAAGUUUGAGUACCUGUCGUACUGCUUGAAGGUGAAGGAGAUGGACGACGAGGAAUACAGCUGCAUUGCUCUAGGGGAGCCCCUGUACCGCGUGAGCACAGGCAACUACGAGUACCGCCUGAUCCUGCGCUGCCGCCAGGAGGCCCGCGCUCGCUUCUCCCAGAUGCGCAAGGACGUGCUGGAGAAGAUGGAGCUGCUGGACCAGAAACACGGGAGGGUCUUCUCCACGCGCAGGCAGCCCUGGCCCACUGGCGCCUGUCUGCCCGCCCUCCUGCCCCAGUCCAGGACAUCGUGUUCCAGCUGCAACGCUUUGUGUCCACCAUGUCCAAAUACUACAACGACUGCUACUCAGUGCUGCGUGACGCCGACGUCUUCCCCAUCGAGGUGGACCUGGCCCACACCACGCUGGCCUACGGCUUCAGCCAGGAUGAGUUCACUGACGGCGAGGAUGAGGGGGAGGAAGACGAGGAGGACACAGCUGCUGGGGAGCCAUCGAGGGAUGCGCGAGGGGCUGCCGGGCCCCUGGACAAGGGCGGAAGCUGGUGUGACUCCUGAGUGCCCCCUUGGGGUGCGGAUCUGGGGGGUAGGGCGAGUGGGAGGACGGCAGCAUGGGAGUGGGGGCAGGGCUGCCGCAAAACAGGGUGGCGCAUAAAGGCCUGCUGGCUUAGGGCGCCUGCCUCCCUGCUCCUCUGUCCCAGCACAGCAAACCCCGGCACCCGCCCAGGAAAGGCACCGGGCCGUGGCCUGGGACCUGGACGCUGGCCCCUCCACCUUCCCUCCCCACCUCCCCAGCCAGCUGGAGAGCUUGGUCUCUGGACCUGCCAUAGGAAGGAGAAAGAGGGCAGAAAGGAAGAGGGGCUGGAGGUGGCGGGGAGUCCAGGAGCCGUUCCUUGUGGGCACCUCCACUCACCCCCCGGAGACCUGCCAGGAGGGGGCGCGGGUGGACUGCCGAGCUUGGGACCAGGGUUUCACGCGCACCCUCACCUUGCCCUAGGCUGGCCCCGCCCCCGUCCACACUCACCUCGGCGGCCUUGAUUAGUUUCAUUCCCUCGCUCAGCCACUUCCCUGGGGAGGGGCUGGGCGCUGGGCCUGUACUGAAUAAACACAAACCCAGAUGGAGCCGG